UAUACCUAAAAAUCGACGUCUUACUGUUGGCGGACGUCUUUGAAAACUUUCGCGAUGUAUGUAUGAGGGCAUACAACUUGGACGCAGCCCAUUACUUCACCGCCCCUGGACUUAGUUUCGACGCGAUGCUGAAGUUUACCGGUCAAAAGCUCCAGUUAUUACACGAUUACGAUAUGCUCUUGAUGUAUGAGAAUGGUAUCCGUGGUGGAUUGGUGCAGGCCAGCAUGCGGUAUGCCAAGGCUAACAAUGCUAAGACCCCGGGCUAUGAUGAUACUAAGGAGAAAUCAUGGAUUGUAUAUCAGGACUGUAACAACUUGUAUGGAUGGGCAAUGUCCCAGUACAUGCCAUACGGUGGGUUCAACUGGGUUGAACCUACAUUAAACGGGUUGAAUGAUUUGGACGAUACAUCGCCCAUAGGACGUAUAUAUGAGGUGGAUGUGUCGUACCCUAAAGAGCUGCAUGAUAAACACAACGACCUGCCUUUCCUACCUCAGAACAGUAUCCCGCGAGGAUCAAAGGUUAGGAAGUUGAUGGCGACAUUUGAGAAAAAGGAGAAUUAUGUUAUACACUAUAGAAACCUUCAGCAGGCAAUUAAGAAUGGUUUAAUAGUUGAAAAAGUACAUAGAGUGAUUCAAUUUAACCAAUCAGAUUGGCUGGCUAAAUAUAUCGAGCUAAACACAGAGAUGCGGAAGAAGGCGAAGAACGAAUUUGAGAAAAAUUUUUUUAAAUUAAUGAAUAACGCUGUAUUUGGGAAGACUAUGCAAUCGAAAAGGAAGGAAAUGAAAAUGGAGUUGGUGUCGUGUGAGAGAAGAUUACAAAAAUUGAUUAACAAAACAACAUUUAAGCACUGUACAAAUUAUAACGAGAACCUAAACGCCGUCGCCCUGGAGAACAAAAUUAUUAAAUUUGACAAACCUAUCUAUAUAGGUAAAUAUAUUUUUAUUUUUUCUAUUUUUAUCAUACAUUUAUUAAUAUAUAUAUUUAUAGGAUUUGCGGUGCUGGACAUAAGUAAGACGUUGAUGUACGACUAUCAUUACAACGUUAUGAAGAAACAUUAUAAAGAUAAAAUAAAGCUAAUGUACACUGACACAGAUUCACUAGUGUAUCAUAUCAAUACCGAUGAUUUCUACAAAGACUUGGCGGAUAAUCCUAGCUUGUUGGACCGGAUGGACACUGCUAACCUGCCCAGUGUCCAUCCGUGUUAUGUGGCAGAUAGGAAGAAGAGUCCGGGAUUCUUUUCCGAUGAAGUCGAUGGCAAUGUAGUGUCAGAGUUUUGUGCGUUGAGGGCCAAGUCAUACGCUUUCAAUGUAUAUGCUGGACUAGAGGAUGUGGUGAGAGAGCAGAUCAAGGCGAAAGGUGUAAGACAGCAUGUGGUUAAAAAUCAUAUGACGUUGGAGGAUCAUGUUAAGUGUUUGUUUGGAGAAGCUGGCGUGGAGGCGUAUAAGGAGAAUGUAUCUAUUCGCUCAUUCAAACACAAGUUGAUGACGAUAAAAACGAGAAAGCUAACUUACAACAGUUAUGACGAUAAGAGAGUGGUAUUGGACGAUAAAAUCCAUACCUUGGCUCACGGACACUAUAGUUUAGGGGAUGAUGACGACGAACAGAUUAAUGAUUGGCUAGAUCAUGAGAUAGAUGCUGGUGAUCUUGAAUCUAAUGAAUGAGAUUACUUCUAAAUAAUUAAAUACUAUGUAUAUUUUUAUUGUAAAUACCAUGUAUAUAUUUUUU